GAAAUUCCUAGGUGCUCUAAGAGGAAAGAACCUUGAACCAUUUAAUGGGGUGCCAACUCAACUAUGUUUCACCAAAAAUUGUAGUGGAGUGGUCUGAGACUCUGAGUUUCAUGUAAAAAAACUCUGUCAAUUAUAAUUAUAAUUAAUACUAAUUGUGAAGAACUGAAGAUCAUUAACUUAGGGUGGUUGAAGUCCAAGGACUAAAUGGAAAAUUCCAUGGCAUAAUGUGUGUUGAGUGAGUUAUGUAUACUCUCUAUAUAUAUAGAUAUUGGUUUCUAGUUCCACACAAAUAUGCUUUUUUCCUUGUGAGAUUCUGAAGCAGGGCAAUCCAUGAAGGCAACACUAAGGUACUUAGCAGGCACUGCAGGCCCUAGUGGUUUUGGCUCGAAUUCAACUGCAGAGCAAGUCACUGAAGAUUGCUCUUCCUUGCUCCCUUCAAAUUUAACAGCUCUGAUCACAGGAGCUACUUCUGGUAUUGGAGCUGAAACAGCAAGGGUCUUAGCCAAGAGAGGAGUUAGAGUUGUGAUUGGUGCCAGGGACAUGAAAAAGGCAAGGGAAGUGAGAGGAAAAAUCCUAAAGGAGAGUCCAAACGCUGAGGUUAUUCUAUUGGAGAUUGAUCUUAGCUCUUUUGCUUCUGUACAGAGAUUUUGUUCAGAGUUUUUAGCUUUAGAAUUGCCCCUUAAUAUUCUCAUAAACAAUGCAGGAAUAUACUCUCAGAACUUGGAGUUCUCUGAAGAGAAAAUUGAAUUGACAUUUGCUACAAAUUACUUAGGACACUUUUUGUUAACAAAACUGCUACUGGAGAAAAUCAUAGAUACUGCAAACAAGACAGGCAUUCAAGGAAGAAUCAUAAAUAUUUCUUCUGUGAUUCAUAGCUGGGUGAAAAGAACCGGUUUUUGUUUCAACGACAUGGUCCGCGGAAAAAAUUAUAAUGGUACACGCGCAUAUGCUCAGUCAAAACUUGCCACAAUUCUGCAUGUGAAGGAAAUAGCCAGACAGUUGAAGGCAAGGAAUGCAAGAGUAACCAUCAAUGCAGUGCAUCCAGGCAUUGUGAAGACAGGAAUUAUUAGAGCACAUAAAGGUUUAAUAACAGAUUCCUUGUUUUUCAUUGCAUCAAAGUUGCUGAAAUCGAUAUCACAGGGCGCAUCAACUACUUGUUAUGUUGCUCUAAGCAGCCAAACAGAGGGGGUGAGUGGGAAGUACUUUACAGAUUGUAACGAGAGUGAAUGCUCGAGUCUAGCGAACGAUGAAUUGGAAGCUAAAAAGCUAUGGAAUGACACACAUGCCUUGCUUCAGAAGAGACUAAGACAAGCAGCAACUAGAAGAAGCCCUUUUCUAGCCUUGUAGUCUAGACACCAUGUGUGAAUGUAUCUAUGUAUUUAUGUGUAUAUGGCAAACCAAAACCACACCAUAAAUCCAUAAUCAAAGGGUUUUAGAGUUAUACCCUUCUCUCAAUAGCUCGACAAUGAUUUCUAAUUUAUUGUACAAAAUUACAAUGAUUUCUCACAUUGCCAGUUCUUCAGAAUCCUUUGUAUCUGUUUUCUUGUUCAUAAUAGGUGUUACGUUGUAAUUUGCUAUUGGUCAGUGCACUUCUGAAAUGCAGCAAUUUUUCCAUCACGUUCUA